UUUCCUCACCAUCCAUAUCUUACUUUCUUCUGAUUUUUUUUUUCUUUGCUUUUUCUAAAUCCACACACGUCGUCUUCUGUCUCCUCUAUUUAUGCCCUACCCACUUUUGAAUUUCAACACACCUACAUCUUCAUCUUCACUUUUAUGAGUUUAUAACAGUCACUCUUCUCUGCGUCUUUCUAUCAGUACCAAAGCAUCUUUUCCAGUUCUCACUCUCAAAUUUCUCACUACGAAUUUCUUUUUGUUAGCUGUGUAGGCUGUUAACAAGAAGUCAUCCCCUCCAACGAAUGAAAGAACUCCCAGCUAUCAAUUCAGUCCAUGGAAAUGUGUUCCUAAUGAUGAUCUAAUCAAUGUUAUGUAAAGAUAAGAGUCGUUAAACAAAUUUAUCUAAAAUAGAUUUGGGUUGAACAAGAUGGGUCUGCUCUCAAAACUCCUAUGGCUUGCUUGUUUGAAUAUAUUUCUGUUUCGCAUGGCUGAAAGUGCAGUUCAUUAUUACGACUUUGUUCUAAGGGAGAAAAAUUUUACAAGGCUGUGCAGCACAAAAAGCAUGCUGGUUGUAAAUGACAGUUUUCCAGGACCAGUAAUCCGUGUUCAUAAAGGAGAUACUGUAUUUGUUAAUGUUCAUAAUGAAGGAUAUUAUGGUGUCACAAUUCAUUGGCAUGGAGUAAAACAACCAAGAAACCCAUGGUCUGAUGGUCCUGAGUAUAUCACACAAUGUCCAAUAGAACCAGGAACAAACUUCACAUAUGAAGUCAUUUUUUCAACUGAGGAAGGAACUCUUUGGUGGCAUGCUCAUAGUAACUGGACACGAUCAAGUGUCCAUGGUGCCAUAGUUAUUUAUCCCAAAGAAGGAACAACAACUCCAUACCCGAAGCCUGAUGGUGAAGAAAUUUUCAUACUAGGAUCUUGGUAUGUUGGAAACAUUAACGCGUUGGUACUGGAGGACCUUAAAACUGGUGCAUCCGCACCCGAAUCAGAUUCUUAUGUGAUCAAUGGCCAACCGGGAGAUUUCUUACCAUGCUCCCAAGAUUCAACUCAUCGUUGGGUGGUUGAUUUUGGGAAGACAUAUCUUGUCCGAGUAAUCAAUGCUGCUAUGAAUGCUGACCUCUUCUUUGCAAUUGCUAAACAUAAUAUCACAGUUGUUGGAGUGGACGGUGGCUAUGUAAAACCCAUAGUCAACGAUUUUAUAGUGAUAAGCCCGGGACAAACCAUGAAUCUCUUACUAACAGCAAAUCAACCUUUGGGCCAGUACUACGCUGUCGCUAGACAAUAUGACACUGACCAGUCGUUUUUUAACGGGUUUGAUGACACAAAUGCUACAGCAAUUCUUAUGUAUAGUGGCAACUAUACUGCCCCAGAUGUUCCACUCUUUCCUAGCAACAUUCCUGCCUAUACGGACAAUAAUGCCGCAUAUAAAUUUAUUGGUCGCCUACGGAGCUUAGCAAGCAAAGAAUACCCAGUAAAUGUCCCAUUAAAUAUAACUACAAGAAUGCUUAUCACAAUUUCUAUGAACUAUCUUCCCUGUCCAAAUGCAUCCUGUGCGGGUAUAGAUGGAAAUAUGAUAGCAAGUAGCUUAAGCAACAUGAGUUUUGUGAACCCCACUACUGAUGUGUUGCUUGCCUAUUAUAGGAACUUGAGUGGCAUUUAUACCCCAGAUUUUCCAAAUUGGCCAGAAUCUUUCUUUAACUUCACUGCGGACGAUUUGCCAUUAAACACUACAAUACCAACUCAAGGGACCAGGGUUAAGAUGUUAGACUACAAUGAAGAGGUGGAGAUAACUUUUCAAGGGACUGCGGUAUUGAAAAUACCACAAAAUCAUCCAAUGCACAUGCAUGGGUAUAGCUUUUAUGUGGUUGGAUCAGGUUUUGGAAAUUUUAAUAAUGAGACAGACCCCAAAAACUUUAACUUGGUCGAUCCACCUGAAGUGAAUUCUGUUGAAGUGCCAAAGGAUGGAUGGGUUACCAUCAGAUUCAAAGCAAAUAAUCCUGGUGUGUGGUUUUGGCAUUGUCAUUUUGAACGACAUCUUGAUUGGGGCAUGAACACUGUAAUGAUAGUGAAAAAUGGAGGCACACCUGAGACAAGUAUCCGCCCACCCCCAACUUAUAUGCCUCCAUGUAGACCACCACCUUCCCUCGCUUUGCCUAAGGACUUCGAUGAUUCUCAUGAAGUCAGGAACGAGUAUGAAAGCAAAUAAUGUCAGAACCCAAGUUUGAGCUCCUUCAAGUUCAAGCUCUCGUUUCUGCUUUCAGGUCUUAUCUGUUGAAGGAGCAACAAGAACCUUAAUCGAGUUUUGUAAGAGUUGGGUUUUAGUUUCAAAUAAUAUCGUGUUCUCUUUUGGCAGUUUUACGCUUAAUUAUUUCAAGAGUUUGUAUUUAAGACGGAAAUAUCCUAUGUGGCAAAUGGAAUGCACUGUUGGCAUAUAAA